CAGGAUACAGGAACUGAUUAAUGUAAUUUUAAAUUUAUUAAAUACUUCAUUAUUGUUGUAGUAUAAUUUUAAACUAUUUACACGCGGUUAAAGUUAAAAUAAACAUUAGUGGAAGUAAAUUAAUAUAGAAACAAAAAAUACUACGUAUAAUUGAAUCGAAGACUCAGACAAAUUUCAUGAUUCAAGGAACAAUACAAACAUCUGUCAUUAACUUUGUUGACUUUGUUUAUUUUUGCGUUUGCACAUAAUCUCAGAUAGGAUUUUUAAGUAUACGAACAAAUAAGUGAUUUAGCAGUUAAUUCUCUACACUUAAAAAAGUGUACCUAAUUUUUAUACAUAUUUUACAAAUGGUGAUGAGUUUUAUUUAUAGAAAAGAAUUAAUAUCUACCCUGCAAAGAAAAGUUCGUUUUAAUCGUUUUGAUCCAAAAGGAAAAAAAAACACUAUUUUAUUAAUGAAAUUAUAAUUUCCUUUCUUUUUGGGAAUUUUUCUGGUGUAUUUAAAAUUGAAAUUUAUUAUAUAUACAUAUAUUUGAUUUAGUCUAAAAAGAAACAGGAGGAAAAUUAAUCUUGGCACGAAUUUGGUACAAGUCAUUGUCUAUUUUCGUAGUAGAGGCAAGUUCAAUAAGAUUUUUACAUGUGAAUAUUCUCUCUCUCGAAACGCACAUGUAUAUAUCAAGUUGUGUUUGAUAUUAGCUAUAUAGUUUGAGUAUAUUUAUAGCUUAAAUGGGGCGGCGAGAGUAAUUUUUUGAGGUUAUCAGUCUGAAGGAAUGAUUCGUUGGAGAAAGUAUAAAGUGUUGAUUUAUAUUAUAAAGUGAGGAACCAUGACCAUGACAUUUCAAACUGAAUCAACCCUUGAAAUGGCUGAAAAAACUAAUGUCAGUGUUUCACUUAUGAAUCGGGUUUAUUAUGCAGCUAGAGAUGGAAUGGCAAUUACACUUUACGCUCUUCUCAGCGAACAAACUCCAGAACAAAUUAACUGUCUCAUCAAUCAGACAGUACUACAAGAUGAUGGACAAAGAUGUACACCCUUAAUAGUUGCUUCCCGUUAUGGUAAUCAUCGGGUUGUUAAAAUGUUGUUGGAUAAAUUUAAACCCGAUUUAGAAGCGCAGGGAACUGUUAAAUUUGAUGAAUUUUUUAUUGAAGGGGCAAGCGCUCUUUGGUGUGCUGCAGGUACUGGACAUUUGGGCCUUGUCAAGACGCUUGUUAAAGCAGGAGCGGAUGUUAAUCAUCCAACAAAAACAAAUUCUACACCUUUGAGAGCUGCUUGCUUCAGUGGGAGAUUAGAUAUUGUCAAAUACUUAGCCGAACAUCAAGCAAAUAUUCACAUCGCUAAUAAGUACAAUAAUACUUGCUUAAUGAUCGCGGCUUACAAGGGACACCACCACGUCGUGAGUUUUCUUUUAGAAAACGGUGCAGAUCCAAACGAACGGGCACAUUGUGGUGCAACGGCUUUGCACUUUGCCUCAGAAUGCAAUCAUUAUAAAGUAGUAAUUGAAUUAUUGAAUCAUGGAACGAAAAUGACAAAGAAUAUUUGUGGAAUGACACCGUUGAUGGUAGCCGCCGAGAGAACGAGGAGACAUAUUGUCGAGUAUUUAGUGACAAGGGAGAAAGUUACCAAGGAAGAGAUUAUAGAUGCCUAUGAAUUACUGGGAGCAUCCUAUGCUAAUGACAAGGAUAAUUAUUGCCUCAGAUUGGCGAAUUUAUAUUUGAACAAAGCCAUGUCCUUGAGGUACAGUGAUCCAAAUAAUAUAAUACGUAAAAAGAGAAGUGAGCCAGUGCCGGCUUAUGAAAAUUGGCGAGAGUGUGAAGACUUAACGGAAUUAUUGAAUAUAAGACUCGAUCCAAAUUCCCUUCAUAUGGAAUCGUUGGUUAUUAGAGAAAGAAUAUUAGGAACACAUAAUCCAGAAGUGCCACAUCCGAUUGUUUAUAGAGGAGCUGUUUUUGCGGAUGCUGCCCGUUUUGAUAGAUGCAUCGAUUUGUGGCUACGUGCAUUACACUUGAGGCAGUUAAACAAUAUUUCCGUGGUCAAAGAUCUUCUCAGAUUUGCUCAAGUAUUCUCGCAGAUGAUUCACGUGGGCAUUGAAUUACAAUUUACUCAAGUUUUAAAUGUCCUAGAAGCGAGUGUCACUGAAAUUGAAAGAAAUAAAACAAAAAUUGAUAAUCCAGAGCCAAAAGACGAUGUUGAUCAGUCUAUCGUAAGUAAAGAUGAAAUGGAAUCGAAUAUUACAACAACUCUGUACAUAUUGGCAAUUUUAACGAAAUUAAUAACGCUGAAUGAAAGAGACAAGGACAAAAUAGAUUUAAGGAAAGCACACUAUUUGGUGCAUAAAUUAUGCUCACUUAAAGCUACACUUCGAGAUGGUCAAACUAUUUUGCAUCUUGCCGUUAAUGCCGAAACUCCAGUUGACGAUUUUCAUACAAACGAUGUUUGCAAAUUUCCUUGUGCCAGUACAGCGUUAUUGUUAAUCCAAUGUGGUGCCGAUGUCAAUGCAAUGGACGGCGAAAGAAAUACUCCUCUUCAUGUUAUUGUCAAUUACGAAAAACCUAUAAGUGAUUUUUUGACGUUACACGCAAUUAUAAUGGCACUGAUAGAAGCUGGAGCACAUAUGGAUACUGUAAAUAGUCAAGGAAAAACGCCUUAUGACGCCGCAACAACAGGUGUUGCUGAAAUAAUAUUAAGAACGCAAACAAAGUUAUCGUUGAAGUGUAUGGCUGCAAAAGUAGUAAAAACAUAUAAUUUAUCUUACUGCGGCACUGUACCACAAUCUUUGGAAAGUUUCAUAGAACUCCACGGAUCGGGACUUAAUCAAGGUUAAAACAUUUUUUUAAUGAACAUAGCAGGUAUUUAAAAACGAAAAUUUUUCUCAACAUUUAAUCACAAAGUGAUAUUCAAGACUUACUUGGAAAUUUAUUUACUUUGCUAUUACAUAAUAAUAUACAAAACAAAAAGAAAAAUUGUGCCAAAAAUAGAAUCUUUACUUUAGUUUUUCUUAUCUUAAAACUUUUCUUUUCGAAUAACAAAUAGUGUGUAUGCUAGAAACAUAAAUUAUGUAAUAGGGAAGUAAAUUAGUUUCUUGUUUUCUUUAUUUCUGCCCGAAAGUUAAGAAAACGCGUAAUUUUUCAAUGUUAAAUGAAGAUUUCUUAACUAUUGUGUUUAUGCGUGAAGCAUUUCAUUUUGUAUAAGUAUUUUUUCAGAUACUUUUUUCUAAUUUACAAACGUGUGGCAAUUUUUUUUCUUCUUGCGAUU